AUGGCAGAUCAAAAGAUCCUACCCACGAGCCUUGGCGGUUCCUAUGCGGAUGUGGAUCACAAAGUUGCCCUAGAUCCUGAGAUUGCACCGGCUGUCCAUGCUGAGAAUGAGGAUGAAAACUUCAAGAAAGAUCACAUGGACUUUGAUCGAGUGGACAAGGAAGUUGCGAAAUAUGCUUUCGACGUCGCAGUUACCAUCUCACCCGAAGACAAUUCUCGACUCAAGCGAAAGAUCGACAAACGUGUAUUGAGCAUCAUGAUAUUUACAUAUUUCUUGCAAGCCUUGGACAAGGGCACCAUGAGCUUUGCGAGCAUUAUGGGACUCCCCGCCGAUCUUCAUCUAAAAGGACAACAAUUCGCAUGGCUUACAACUUGCAUCUACAUUGCGGUCCUUAUUGUGGAGUAUCCUACCAAUCUUCUGAUUCAACGCCUCCCCAUUGCAAAAUAUCUGGGCGUGUCAAUUAUCCUCUGGGGCGCGACGCUCGCUUUGCAUGCUGUUGCGAAAAACUUCACGACUAUCGUCAUACUGCGCACCCUGCUCGGGAUAUUCGAAGCAGUCUGCCAACCUAGUUUUGUGUACUUGAGCUCCAUGUGGUACAAGCGUGAGGAGCAAGCUGCUACUGUUAGUUACUGGUAUAUGAUGAACGGCAUGCAGCAGAUUGUCGGCGGUCUUCUCGCAUACUGCUUCUCCCUCAUUAAAAGCCCGCCCUUAUCUAUCAAGUCGUGGCAAGCAAUAUUCAUCACCUAUGGCUGUUUAUCUGUGCUAUGGGGUAUUUUUGUUCUGGUCUACAUGCCAGAUAGCCCUAUGCGUGCCAAGUGCUUCAACGAGGAGGAUAAGAAAUUGCUCGUAGAGCGCGUGCGAAGCAAUCAGACCGGGGUGCAGAACAAACAUUUUAGGGCGGAACAGUUGUGGGAAGCAUUCAGAGAUCCCCAGAUGUGGUGCUACUGUCUGAUCACCUUUUGCACUACCCUACCCACGAGUGGUCUGGGUGCUUUCGCCAACAUCAUCAUCAAGAGUUUUCACUUCACCACUCUGCAAACCCAAUUACUUGCUAUGGUCUUGGGUGCAUAUAUUAUUCUCAUCCUUCUUAGCAGCACGUGGCUCAUCGCGAAAACGAAGCAAAAUACACUUGUGAUGGGCAUCUACGUUGCACCGUCUAUCAUCGGCACCAUUGUCCUCCUGACAGUCCAAAACACCGGUCGAGCCACGCAAGCCGGCCUCUUAUUCUCCUACUACCUCGUUCUCAGCUUCUGGGCCGCGCAAACAAUCGCCAUAAGUAUGAUUUCGCGCAACAUCGGCGGGCAGACGAAGAAAACGGUCGUAGUGGCGGCGAAUUUUAUUGCUUGGGCUACUGGUAAUGCUAUUGGACCCCAAGUAUUCCUCGCCUGGAACGCGCCUCGUUAUCUGAUUGCGUUUUCAACGCACAUGGGCUGCUAUGCGCUUCUCGUCCUAGUUGUCAUUUUCUUGCAUUUCUACUUGAAAGCUCAGAAUAAGGGGAAGGAUAAACUGCAAGCGGAACUUGCGGCUUCUGGAACCGUUGUUGAUGAGGGGAUGGUGCAUGCGUUUGAUGAUUUGACUGAUAAAGAGAACCCGAACUUUCGGUAUGUGUAUUAA